UCCGGAUGCAAACGUGAUAUAUUCAUAAUUCAGCCAAUCAGAGGAGACUCAUCAUUUUUUGCGUUAUUGCUUUAGAUGUUGUGUUUUUGCAGUGAAUAACGUGAUUAUUGAUAGCUAUGAAGAAAAAAAACAUCCCUGCUUUUUUCUUUGCAUCUUCUGCUGUUUGCGUUGCACCUCUUAUUGUGAAGGUCCAGCCCGGAAGUGCGGUCGCGGUGUAAACGCGGGAAGCUUUGCGGUCCGUCCAUCUGACAGCUGGGUCAGGCUGUUCGGUUCUCCUCGCAGCUCCUUCAUGGACUGAGGAGUCCCUGCAGCAGCGGGUGUCAGAGCCGAACCGGACCGGACCGAACCAGCCACCUCCUCCCCGGUCCGGCCAUGGAUGAGCAGGCCGGCCCCGGAGUGUUCCUCAGCGGCGGCGGCGGUUCGGGUUCCGGCGGCACCGGGAGCGCCAGAGCCCCGCCGCCCGCGGACGGAGCCGCGGCCCGGGCUCACUACAGCAUCCCGGGGAUCCUCCACUUCCUGCAACACGAGUGGGCCCGGUUCGAGGUGGAGUGGGCCCAGUGGGAGGUGGAGCGGGCCGAGCUCCAGGCGCAGAUUGCCUUUCUACAGGGGGAGCGGCGAGGGCAGGAGAACCUGAAGAAGGACCUGGUGAGGCGCAUCAAGAUGCUAGAGUACGCCCUGAAGCAGGAGAGAGCCAAAUAUCAUAAACUGAAAUAUGGAACGGAACUGAACCAGGGAGAGAUCAGAGCUCCGAGUUACGAUUCAGAUGAAGGCAACGAAAGCGAAGCUCUCAGUCCUCCCAACAGCAGCCAUCAGUUGAGCUGGAAACAGGGACGGCAGCUGCUCCGACAGUACCUCCAGGAGGUCGGAUACACCGACACCAUCCUGGACGUGAAGUCCCAGAGGGUUCGGGUUCUGCUGGGCCUGUCCGGAGAACCCGGAGACGGCCCGCCGGACCGGAGAACCGGGCCCAUGGUGAACGGAACCGAGCCGUCCUCACUGAAGGACAGCGGCAUGGUCAGUAAACCGGACCUGUCGGACCCGGCUACUGUCCUGGAGGCGUUCCGGUUCAUUGAGAGCGCCGCAGCCGAGUUCAGCGACGAAGACGAGGAAGAGGACAGCGAGUCCAAAGACAGAACCGUUCUGGACCUGGCUGCCAUGGUGAGGAAGAAGCCGCUGUCGUCCAGCGCCUCUGACCUCAGCGACGACCCUGACACUGAGGAGGCCCUGAAGGGCUUCGACUUCCUGGCCAGUCCGGACGAGCUGGACGGGUCGGAUCCGAGGAGAGGGGAGGACUGGGAGAAGGAGGAACCGGCGGCUCUGGGAGAACUGGGCUGGGAUGUGGACCAGAGCCUGAUCGCCCAGCUGAAGGAGCAGUACAGGAAGGAGAGGAAGGGGAAGAAAGGAGUGAAGAGGCCGAACCGCUCCAAGCUGCAGGACAUGCUGGCUAACCUGCGGGACACCGAGGAGCCGCCGCCCCUGCUGCCGGCCGUGUCGCCUCCGUCCCGCCCCAACGUUCCCAGACUGAGCGAACAGGAAGUGGGCCGGCCGGAUGACGAGCCAAUGGCGUUCCUGCCGUCUGGAGGGAAGUCCUUCAUCCUGGGCAGAGUGGAUGAGGCCGCCUCCAACGAGCUGGCGCUGGGAGAACUGGGAGAACUGGGAGAACUGGCCCAGCUGACGGUCGCCAAUGAGGCGGAGAGUCUGGGAUACGACAUGGCCUCGAACUCGGAGGCUCUGAGGAAAACGUGGAACCCAAAGUUUGCCCUGCGGAGCCACUUUGACUCAGUGCGCGGCCUGGCCUUCCACCCGGUGGAGCCGGUUCUGGUCACGGCGUCCGACGACCACACUCUGAAGCUCUGGAACCUGCAGAAGACGGCGCCCACCAAGAAGUGUGCAGCGAUAGACGUGGAGCCCAUCUACACCUUCAGGGCUCACAGCGGCGCCGUCCUCAGCGUCACCCUGAGCUCCAGUGGCGCCCAGUGCUUCAGCGGCGGGUCGGACGGAACCAUCCAGAGCUGGAACACGCCCAGCCCCAAUGUCGACCCGUACGACUCCUACGAGGCCUCCGUCCUGCGGGGGGCGCUGCGCGGCCACUCGGACGCCGUGUGGCGCCUGGUCUACAGCUCGCCUCACCACCGCCUGCUGUCCGCCUCGGCCGACGGGACGGUCCGGCUCUGGAACGCCGCCGACGUCUCUCCGGCGCUGGCCGUGUUCAACGGAAACGGAGACCUGGGGGUCGCGACCUCUGUGGACCUGGUGAGCAGCGACCCGGCCUACAUGGUGACGUCGUUCGACUCGGGUCACAUCGGACUCUUCAACAUGGAGACGCAGCAGCUGGUUCUGAAGUUCGACUCCGCCGGGCCUGCAGAGUGUCCCUGUAAGAUCAACCGGGUCCUGAGCCACGCCACGCUGCCCAUCACCGUCACCGCCCAGGAGGACCGCCACAUCCAGUUCUUCGACAACAACACAGGUAAACCGAUCCACUCCAUGGUGGCGCACCUGGACGCGGUCACCUGCCUGUCUGUGGACCCGAACGGGCUCUACCUGAUGUCAGGAAGUCACGACUGCUCCAUCCGCCUGUGGAACAUGGAGAGUAAGACCUGCAUCCAGGAGUUCACCGCCCACCGGAAGAAGUUCGACGAGUCCAUCCACGACGUGGCGUUCCACCCCACCAAGUGCUACAUCGGCACCGCCGGCGCCGACGCGCUCGCCAAGGUCUUCGUAUGACCCGGAUCCGCAGGGGGCGCCGCCGUGCCGACCCGGGCGGACCUGGUUGGACCCGGCUGGACCGGGCCGGACCCGGGCCGGCUGCGUCCCGCCCCGACGUUCCGAGGGAACCAGGAGGAACAGGAAGCAGCUUUUACUCCAACCCCGGUGCGGCGUUCCGCUGCCGGGAUUUCUCUGUGUUUAUGACGUGCCUUUUUCCUCAGACGGUCCUUUAGCCAUUCACCGGCAGAACCCGGCCAGAACCAUGAGGAGAACCCAACGGGUCCAGGGUCGGCCUGGUUCUGCCCCCUACAGGCCGACCGCAUCAUCGACAGAGUUUUCCUUUCAAGGUUCAGUCCAGUUUGUUUCAGGACUUUUCUCUCCGUGAGCCGUGUCAGUUCUCCUGGAGUUCUGGACCCGGUUCUGGCCCGGUUCCAGGCAGCCUGUCGGACUUGUUGCACUGCAGAGGAAGACCUGUGGCGACGCUCAGAUUCUUAGUGUUUCUGUUGAUUCCUGCCCAAUCUGUGGAUUUCCGGCUGAGCGGCCGGUUCUGUGUCGGAUGUUCUGGUUCUGGUAGGUCCAGUUUGUUUUCUCCAUCUGUUCCUGCUGGGAUGUUUCUGGAGUCGUUCCUCUAGGGUGCAGCAGCGAGGAACGCCGGUGUAGACAUCGGAAACAGGAAGUGUACAGUUUGUGCCAGGAAAUCUGAGCAUCCGGAGGAAACGGGACCAGAACGGACCUGAACGGAUGUUUUCUUCUUCCUGAUUCUGGAUGAACUGAAAGAAAAGUUCAGCUCUCCUGAGGAGACGUUCCUCAGUUUUAUCUGUUUAACUUUAAGCUUCCAGAACAUUUUUCCAAGCUGGAUCAGCUGAUUGUUCCUGAGGUGACAUGAGAGAAAAAUCUGCAGCCGAUUAUCGGAUCACAUUCCCACCAGAAUCCGAUGUCGGGGGAAUUUCUGGAAAUCCGGUCCGGUUCAUCUCUGAACCAAUCGGUCCAGUUAGGAGGUAAAAACCAGGAAUCCUGCAGACAAGUCUGGAAAAAACAGAAACAUAAAAAAGGGAACAUUUUAUAUUUUAUUACUGUGGAAACAGGAACUAGAGGUGUAAAAGGUGUGGCCCGGGGGCCAUUUGUGACCCGCUGCACUGUGUUUUGCGGCCGUCCUGACCAGCUGGGAAAUUUUUAAUUAGGAUGAAAUUAUUUAUAAAGUUAUUAAAAUCAUCUUCCAGUAAUCAGAUCAACCUGCUAACCUCCACUCUGAACCCAGAUCUGAUUUAAUCUCGUGGAUUAAACUUUGCUAAACGUGAGCGUUUCCAAGGUAACGGUGACCAAACAGCUGCUCUAACUGAAGGAAACAGAUUUUCCAAAAUGAGUCGGUUUAUUUCAGUGGAGCUUCAAAGAACCAGACGCCUGAUCCCGUCACCCAAAUCCUCCCAGGGAUGGAAAUGAGCCUGAACUCCAGCUGUCCUCCAUCUUCCUUAUCAGACUCUCAGCUGCCUUCGCCAAGCAGCUCUUCAUGAUCCAUCCAUGCGAUCGGCGCUGGUGGAUGUUUAGUGUACUACGGAGCAGAAAGCUGACGUUGUUGUUUCUCCCUACAUCCACUGGGUGGCGCAUGUUGCUACAAUCAAUAGUAGCCACACAGGCUCACCCGCUAGAAGGAAACAAACGCACACAGUACAACACUUUCAUUCUAUUGGCUGAGAGGUUGCCAGGCGACUGUGCCAAAUAGCGUUUCCGUAAGCGAGCAGAGACUGUGAGCGUGAGGAGAAGUUUAGAGUACAAGCGUAACAAGUUUUGAGAAGAAAGACAUGAAGCCCUGCUUUCAAAAUGAACAUGUGUCCUCUUGAAUUAUGGCAGGAUUCCUGGGGAAACCGGGCCUGAUCUCUGCUGAUCUUUAUCGAUCUGUAGCCAUAAAACCAGCAGCUGAUCCAUCAGAUGGUUCUGGACAAACUGUUGCUUCACAGGAAGUGAUGUCAUCAGAGAAGCACUUCCUGUUUCUUCUGAUUGGUCCACUGAUGAUCAACACAGAACUGAGAUAUUCUGAAAGGUCCAAAUCAAGAUGUGACGUCUCAGGACACAGAACUGUUUUUAGAUCAACUUCUUUGACACACUUUGUGGGAGAAGAAGGAAGAAUCUCCAGAUUCCCAGGACGGAGUGGGAAUCCUGCAGGAAUCCUAAAACUUUUGGUUUGGAUAAAUUUGGCUCUGGAUGGUGAGCAGGAUGAGGAUGUGAUGGAGUAUUUUCAGGAAAAACUGGGAUUUCUUCCCGUUUCCCAGCUGUGAUCUGUUCCUCCUCCGGGCGGGUCGCUCUGGAACGUGAUUCCUGGUCCGGUCCAGUCCGGUCCAUUAUGGGUUCAAGAGUCAGGAGAUCAGUCGGACCUUCAGGAACCAAAUAAAACCUCAGGAACAUUCAGUUGACCCAGAUUCUCAGGCCACGAACCAAACUUUAGAGCCGGUUCUGGUUCUGGUUCUGGCUGGCUGUAAAUCCUCCUUCUUCUUCUUUGGUUUGGUGACCCGCUGUGGCCGUGCUGCUCAUGUGUUGCUUUCUUUUUCUCAUGUAUCACUAACAAUAAAGGAGAUGUUGAAUGUCA